UUGUGCGCGUAACCCCUGCAAUUAAACACCACGUGAACGUCGAGGCUGCGCCAACUUUACGUUUUUUUCCAAGUUUUUGGUUAAAGACGGUGAAACAGGUCCUUAAUACCUAAUGGCAACAAGCUCUGUAACAUCUAGGCUCAAUGAGCUGUUAGAAGCUCUUAGGACAGAGCUCGACACGUUUCUUAAACAAAAUCUGCAAGGAGAUAUUCAUCCAGAUGAUUAUGGUUACAAAUUGGUUACUUCUCAGAUACAAGAAAUCCACCGCAUAAAAAAAGCCAUUAUGGAACUAGAAAUGCAACAUGUAAAGAUUAAAGAAGGUUACGAAGAAGAAAUAAGCCAACUAAAAAAUGAGCUACAAAAGCGUAGACGAGAUUCCACACCAGCAGCCAAUGCUAAAACAGCCUCCACACCAAGCCAGUCGUCUCAACCUUCUUUCACAAUGGCUUCGACGAAUACACGGUCAAAUAUUAUGAAUUCGCCCAUGGCGGGAAACGGUAUGCCUGGCAGCCAGAUGCCAAACCACGCAAAAUUGUCAGCAAAUGCACAAUCAAACACACUUCCGUCCAUCUCUGCCAAUCGACGGAUGUCUCAAAAUGCAGAGUCCAGUGUUUUAGCCCCUAUCCAAUCCGUUCAGCCCAAAGAAGGACCCCCUGCUCAGCUUUAUUCACAAAAUGCUUUUUCACAAGCUCCGCCAGCUCCGGAAUCUCAAAUACCCAUGGGUUCUUCCUCGGCAUAUGUUAAUAAUGCUGCUGGUUCCGAAAACACUACAAAAUCCUCUACUCCUUCUCUCUCUCAACCAGGCCAAGAAACGUCGUUGAAUAACGGUUCUGCUGAGCAGAAUGCUGUUGUAAAAAAGGAAGAAACAGACUGGUCUGUUACGUACGCCCAGGGCGUGACUCCUUCCAUUGCGAUAAAUUUAUUGCAUACGUUAGAGCAUACCAGUGUAAUUUGUUGUGUUAAGUUCAGCCAUGAUGGUAAGCUUCUUGCUACCGGUUGUAACCGUGCUGCACUUGUGUUCAGCGUGGAAACAGGACAACUCUUGACUCAUCUACAAGAAGAGUCAUCCGAAAAAGAAGGUGAUUUGUACGUCAGAAGCGUGGCCUUCAGUGCUGAUGGAAAGUACCUUGCUACUGGUGUUGAAGAUCGCCAAAUUCGCAUCUGGGACAUCGCUCAAAAACGCGUUCACAGACUACUCUCUGGUCAUGAACAGGAAAUCUACUCUUUGGAUUAUAGCCGUGAUGGGAAGUAUUUGGUAUCCGGAAGUGGAGACCGUACUGUUUAUCUUUGGAGCGUUGAAACCGGACAACGAAAGCUGGUCUUACAUACGGAUGAUGGGAUAACCACUGUAGCCUUUUCUCCUGAUUCUCAGUACAUUGCUGCUGGUUCCCUCGACAAAGUUAUCCGGAUAUGGUCUAUUAACGGAACGCUUCUUGAGCAACUUGUAGGUCACCAAGAAAGUGUCUACAGCGUUGCUUUUUCGCCAGACGGUCUUACUCUCGCCAGUGGCAGUCUUGAUAACACUAUAAAACUCUGGGAACUACAAUCAGCUGCUGGUGUACCUACAAAUGCAAUCAAGCCUGGAGGAAUCUGUAAAAAAACAUUUACAGGACAUAAAAAUUACAUUCUUAGUGUUGCUCUUUCUCCUGACGGUAAAUGGAUCGUUAGUGGUUCUAAGGAUAGGACUGUUCAAUUUUGGAAUCCAAAUGGUUUCCAAUCUCAAGCCACGUUACAAGGACAUAACAAUUCUGUUAUCUCAGUUGCAAUGAGUCCGACUGGAAAUUGUUUUGCCACCGGAAGCGGUGAUCUUCGGGCCAGAAUUUGGAGCUAUCAAGAUUUAUAAUGAGUAGUUUACUUGGUCUCUUAUAAGUUCUCACUCUCACCUGAUGUUCCCAUUGCGAAUUUGAUGUUCACUGUUUCCUCUGUACACUCCAAAGCAAGCGAUAUCACUAAAAGAAAGCGUUCUAGUGGGUCGCUUCAGCUAUCACCACCGACGUAGAGACAAUGUUAUUUCACCGGUAUUACAUGUCGACCGAAUGACGAAUGAAGUUGCUCUGCACAUUCAUGAUUUACUCACGUAACUAUUCUAUUUUUUUUGCAGAUUAUAAUAACUCAUAAACUCAUCACAAAGCGGUUCUAAUGUAGUAAUGAAGGCGAUAACAAUUAUCUCUUUGUUUAUUAAAAUUGCCUCUCAAAGGAAGGAAAAAUGACAGGUUUCCCAAUAGCUCACAAUGUUUCGGUUUUCCAAAAAUAAUCACAAGAAAAAAUUAUCGCGAUCCAGUUAAAACUUUCCCUCCGAUUCCUUGAGAAGUUUUAGGGUAUUGUUGUAAAUUUUGUCCAGCGCUCUAUAGAAGCUCGUGUAUAUUAUAGGUUUGUCCCAUGGCAGUUCUUUCCGUUGUUGAAGUGUCUCUUUUACACAUUCUAGCACGUCUGAGUCCAAUAGUUUUUGUGCUGGAAAAAGAAUUUGAAGUUUACGAGGAAAUUGCUCGUAAAUUAAUACUUCAUCAUCAGAUAGAAAAGACAAUGAGUCGUAGGACAUAUGACGAAGACUGCGAAUCAAUCUCAGCUCCAACAGCAAAGGAAAUGCGUACUCGGGGAGUGGCUCGUAUUUUUCCAAGUCAAUAUCGGCAGACUUUGCGAAAUUCGCCUGAACCCUCGUGAGAUCAUCAGCAACGUCAGAAGCAGAUUUUAAAAACCAUUCCGUAAACGUAGGACAGGUUUGGUCGGCUUGUAGUCCAUAAACGCCAGUUCCAGGAAUAGCACGGACAGCUACAUCACGACAAAACAGAAGACUUUUGCUUGGCAUGCCAGCGGCAAGAAGUAUUGAACUUUGUAGUUCAAAGAAAGAGAUUAGAAGAUUGCUCCAGUAGCGAGUCCAAUAGUUGACGAUUGGUAAUCUUGUUCCUAACAUAAUUGCAAAUCGAAUCAUGUAGCUUGAUUGUAAUUCUUCAGCGGCAUAAUAUAAUUCCCAUUUCUUAAACUCACGUGCAUGUUGCCUUGCACGGGAAUGUGUUCCAUAGUACUGAAAGAGGAAUGCGGAAUCUUCACCCUCCAACGCUUCAAGUGUGUUCAGACCGGUCAUGAACUCCUCAAAUUGUUGUUUUUCUUCCUGGGUUGGUUUCCUUGGUUUUUCCAAUUGAAAGAUUUCAAGAAUUCUGUCACAAGUUCCUUCAAUAUCAAUGCUAAGGCCGCGUCUUAAACGGUCAACUCCAAUUGUUAAGGCCUGUUUCCAGUUUUUCGUUUGAACGAUGCUCCGCUGGACGAAUAGAUUUGAGCAAGCAAAAGAAGAAUAAUACUUUUCUUUGUGCAGUAGACGUUCCUCACGACAAGGGACAUCAUAAAUGCUGCCAUUAUUGUAAAGCUUGGCAAAGGUAAUUUUAAAGUGACGGUUAACAUCAAAUUCAGUAUCGGCUUGUUUUCUUCGGCAAAGAGUGAGA